AUGAAUAUAAUAGAGAAGGCUACUAAAUUCAGAGGCCCUGUCUGUUUUGGAAGAAACCGAUCUGAAGAGAACGCUUUACAAACGAGAAGUUGGAAGUACGAUCAAAGGAUAGUAAUUCAGUUGACUGGAACUACUGAACUCGAAGGUGAUACAACGAACAAAAUAAUGGGCGGAAAUAAGUGCUGUACCCCGGAGACGAUUAAUGAUUUAUUGCUGUUUGCAAAGUGA